CCCAUAUUUUACUGAUGCUUGGGCUGUCUAAAUUCUCAUUGGCUCAACAACGUUAUUUUCAGGUCAUUUGUUCAAGGACACCGCAGAUGGAAACAUCGGGAGAGACAACAAACACAUCCGUAAUUGACAGACCAACGUCAACAUGAAGGGUUUUAUGCUUAUGUUCAUGGGAAUAGGCCACCUUUAUGAAGCAUUUGCUGUGACUCAUUCCCUGACGCAUUUCUACACCGCAUCUUCUGAAGUUUAUAACUUCCCAGAGUUUAUGGUUGUGGGGAUGGUGGAUGGUGUUCAGAUGGUUCACUAUGACAGCAACAGCCAGAAAGCGGUGCCCGAACAGGACUGGAUGAAGCAGACAGACGCAGAGUUCUGGGAGAAGGAGAGAGAGAAUUUCUUUUAUUCCCAGCAGUCAUUCAAAGCUGAAGUCGCUACUCUAAAGCAGCAUUUUAACCAAAGUGGAGGAGUCCACAUUCUCCAGUACAUGUAUGGCUGCUCACGGGAUGAUGAGACUGAACAGACAGAGGGGUUUGGACAGCUGGGUUAUAAUGGGGAGAACUUCCUUGAGUACGACAUGAAGACAUUAACUUGGAAAUCUCGUAAACAGCAAGCUAAUUUCAUGCAGGAUGAGUGGAACAGUGACAUCAGUAGACUGGGCUUCUGGAAGAUCUACUUCUCCCAGACCUGCAUUGAGUGUCUGAAGAAGCAGGUGGACAAUGGGAAGCGCACUCUGAGGAGGACAGUCCCUCCCUCAGUGUCUCUGCUCCAGAAGACCCCCUCCUCUCCAGUGACCUGCCACGCUACAGGUUUCUACCCCAGUGGAGUCAUGGUGUCCUGGCAGAAAGACGGACAAGAUCACCAUGAAGAUGUGGAGCAUGGAGAGAUUCUCUUCAACGAUGAUGGAACCUUCCAGAAAAGCACCCACCUCACAGUGAUGCACGAGGAGAGGAAGAACAAAAAUUAUCAGUGUGUGGUUCAGGUCACUGGUAUCAAGGAGGACUUCAUCAAGGUUCUGACUGAGUCUGAGAUCCAGACCAACUGGAGUGACCCAGCCCCCAACAUUGUCCCCAUCAUUGGAGGGAUGGUAGCUCUCCUCCUGGUUGUUGUUGUUGUUGUUGUUGUUGUUGUGGUCGUCAUUUGGAAGAAGAAGAAGAAGAAAGGGUUUGUUCCAGCCAGCACUUCUGACACUGACAACUCUGGGAAAGGUCUCCUGAAGAUUUGAGAAACCUUUGCACUUCUGUAACAUCAGAGAAGCAACAAACUUCUCAAAAACAUAACAUAUAACACAUAUAACAUAACACACUCCAUAUAUAUUGAACAAAAAUAUAAACGCAACAGUUUAAAAGAUUUUGCUGAAUUGAAGUUCAUAUAAGGAAAUUGAUCAAUUUGAAAUGAAUUCAUUAGGGCCUAAUCUAUGGAUUUCAUAUGACUGGGAAGGGGUGGGCCUGGGAGGGCAUAGAACCACUCCCGAUGUGGCAUAACACAUUUUUGACUGUACCUUCUGUAGUUGGUGAUGGGGCAAGUCAACAUGUAUUGUAAGUGUUUUGUUUCUACUUUGUACUUUAUGAAUGCUCUACACAUUUGAAGGAAAGUGCCAUACUG